AUGGAUAUUUUCAAGCAAUUACAAAUCAACAUUACUUUUUCCGAGGCGAUUGACCAUAUGCCGAAGUAUGCUAAAUUCAUGAAAGAUAUCCUCACCAAGAAGAAGAGAUAUACGGAAGAGGAGACUAUUAUGGUGGAUGCAAGAUGUAGUGCAAUCAUUCAAAGGACUUUACCAAAGAAGGAAGGUGAUACAGGACGAGUUACUUUACCGGUUACGAUAGGAGAUAUGUAUAUUAGUAAAGGGUUGAUUGACUUGGGAUCAAGCAUUAAUUUAAUUCCCUUGUCUAUUGUGAAAAGAUUGGGGAAUGUUGAAAUGAGAUUCACAAGAAUGACUUUGCAACUAGCUGACAAGUCUACUCCUUCUCCGUAUGGAGUAGCUUUAGAUUUACUUGUGAAAGUGGACAGAUUUUUCUUUCCAUUGGAUUUUGUUGUCAUUGAUAUGGAAGAAGAUGUGGAUGCACCAUUGAAACUUGGUCGCCCGUUCAUGAAGACCGCAAGAAUGAUGAUCGAUGUAGAUGAUGGUCUUAUGAAAAUGAGGAUUCAAGAUGAAGAUAUUUGUUUCAACCUCUUUGAAGCUAUGAAGCACUCUAAUGAUAAGGGACAUCGUUUUAGACUUGAUGUUACCGAAGAAGCAAUCUUUGAGGUUACAAGUCAAAUCCACUUCUCAACACCUCUUGAGAAGACUCUAAGAAAUGCACUUGAAGAUGUUGCCUUCCCACUUGAAGUAUCUAUUUAUUGA